AUGGAGCCAACUAACCGUUCUCUGACUCGCCUUGACACCAUGCCAAACGGCAUGUUGCGCCUCAUCGUCUCAAAGGUCGGUGCUGCGUCAUCCACCGAUUACUGCAACACCGUGCUUACUUGCAAGAGUCUGAACUUCAGUUUAGAUGAUCCCUUGAUCGCCAAGACCCUCAACAUCGCUCCUUUGGUGGAGAGGCCUCAUCUAGUUAACAGGUAUGAAAAAACAAUGGAGAGCCUUUUGGCGGCCAACAACCUCGAUGCGCAUUACGUUAAGGCCAAAAGGGACCACAAAGAAGCUAAAUACCUUUACGGUGUUCUUCACAUGGCCUUGGGCAUGAUCGAGAAGGGCAAAAAGAUCCUUACGAAAUUGACUGAAGAUGAGGGUCUCGACUCUGUUGAGAUGAGCUGGGAGAACAUCUAG